UAUAACUUUAAAUCAAACAUAGGAACAAGAAUUUAAAUUUGAUGUUAGUCAAUACUAAAAUGCCAUUUCCCACCGACCAUCAAUUUUAAUAUGGCUUAAAAUCUGAAUAUUCCAUAAAUAAGUACUUUGAAAAUAAUACCUUGGGGUUAAAAUAUCAGGAAACAUGAGAAAUUAAUUAUUUUUUUCUUUAGGUAAAAUUCUGUGAUAUUGGGUGUAGUGCACAAUACUCACAAUUUCAGGCACAAGGUGUCGCUCUUUACUUGAUGAAAAUAGUUCUUUCAAGGGUUGGUCUGACCAUCCAGGAACUCCCCAUAUAAAACGACUCCAUCAAGCCGGUCGCUACUGUUAACGGAUCCUAUGAAGCUUCUAAAAAAUUCAGCGAGAUUUUAAACCCGAAACUGGAGUCUCUGGUACAGUAAGUGUAAAGAAUCCUUUUUUGCAAGUUAAUGUCGUGUGCAAUGUUUGGGGUUCAAAGAGGGGGAUUGGACACUCAGCAACUGCUGCUGUCGCUUCUGCUAUUCGCGCUCUGGAAGGCUGGGAGCGGCCAGGUCCACUACUCGGUCCCCGAGGAGGCCAAGCACGGCACCUUCGUGGGCCGCAUCGCGCAGGACCUGGGGCUGGAGCUGGCGGAGCUGGUGCCGCGCCUGUUCCGGGUGGCGUCCAAAGGCCGCGGGGACCUUCUGGAGGUAAAUCUGCAGAAUGGCAUUUUGUUUGUGAAUUCUCGGAUCGACCGCGAGGAGCUGUGCGGGCGGAGCGCGGAGUGCAGCAUCCACCUGGAGGUGGUGGUGGAGAGGCCGCUGCAGGUUUUCCAUGUGGAGGUGGAGGUGAAGGACAUUAACGACAACCCGCCGGUGUUCUCUCUCAGAGAACAAAAGCUGCUGAUUUCGGAAUCGAAGCCACCUGACUCUCAUUUUCCUCUAGAGGGCGCCUCUGAUGCGGAUAUAGGAGAGAAUGCUCUAUUGACUUACAGACUAAGUCAAAAUGAAUAUUUUUCUUUAGAAUUACCAAGAAAUAGUAAGCAGACUAAUAGACUAUCACUUACAUUAAAGAAGUCUCUGGAUAGGGAGAAAACUCCGGAAAUUAGUUUGCUACUGACGGCUGCAGACCAGGGAAAGCCGGAGCUAACUGGCACGGUUCAGCUUUUCAUCUGCAUCUUGGAUAUUAACGACAAUGAUCCAGAAUUUGAGCAACCAGAAUACAAGGUGAGAUUAAUGGAAAACGCAGCUAAAGAAACGUUUGUGAUAAAAUUGAACGCUACAGAUAUAGAUGAAGGAGUCAAUGGGGAGGUAACAUACUCCUUGUUGUCCGUUAAGCCCAAUGGAAAACCCUUAUUCACAAUAGGUAAAAAUAGUGGAGAGGUGAGGGUCAAUGGAACUUUAGAUUAUGAAAAAAACAAAUUUUAUGAAAUUGAAGUACAGGCCACAGAUAAGGGAAAUCCUCCAAUGGCAGGUCACUGUACAGUCUGGGUAGAAAUCUUAGAUGCCAAUGAUAAUGCGCCUGAAAUCACUGUGACUUCCCUGUCUCUCCCAGUACCAGAGGCCACUCAGCCUAGUACCGUCAUUGCGUUAAUUAGUGUAUCCGACCGCGAUUCUGGUGCGAACGGACAGGUGAUCUGCUCUCUAACGCCCGAAGUUCCCUUCAAGAUUAUGUCCACGUUCAAGAACUACUACUCACUAGUGCUGGACAGCGCCCUGGACCGCGAGAAGGUGUCACACUACGAGUUGGUGGUGACAGCGCGGGAUGGGGGCUCACCUUCGCUGUCGGCCACCGCAAGCGUGUCCGUGGAGGUGGCCGACGUGAACGACAACGCGCCGCUGUUCGCGCAGCCCGAGUACACGGUGUUCGUGAAGGAGAACAACCCGCCCGGCUGCCACAUCUUCACGGUGUCGGCGCGGGACUUGGACGCGCAGGAGAACGCGCUGGUGUCCUACUCGCUGGUGGAGCGGCGGGUGGGCGAGCGCGCGCUGUCGAGCUACGUGUCGGUGCACGCGGAGAGCGGCAAGGUGUACGCGCUGCAGCCUCUGGACCACGAGGAGCUGGAGCUGCUGCAGUUCCAGGUGAGCGCGCGCGACGCGGGCGUGCCUCCUCUGGGCAGCAACGUGACGCUGCAGGUGUUCGUGCUGGACGAGAACGACAAUGCGCCUGCGCUGCUGCCUCUCAACCAGGCGCCAAAGACCUCGUUGCGAGUGUCUUCUGGUGCCAUGAGCGCUGAGACAGCUCUGGUGGACGUGAACGUGUACCUGAUCAUCGCCAUCUGCGCGGUGUCCAGCCUGUUGGUGCUCUCGCUGCUGAUUUACUUGGCGCUGCGGUGCUCAGCGCCACCCACCGAGGGUGCUUGCGGGCCGGGGAAGCCCGUGCUGGUGUGCUCCAGCGCGGUGGGCAGCUGGUCGUACUCACAACAGAGGCGGCAGAGGGUGUGCUCUGGGGAGGGGCCGCCCAAGACGGACCUCAUGGCCUUCAGCCCCAGUCUUCCUCCAGGUCCGCAUAAAGAAGAUGGAGGGGAAAGGCAGGAGACCGGGUCAAAUCAUCUUGAGCAGAAAAACAGUUACCUAUCUGCAGUGAAAAACCUCACAAAAGGUAAAACAAAAACAAAAACAAAACACCCUACCAAAACGGAAAAUAUGAAGACAGAAUCAUUUUACACUUACACAAUCAUGCGCAUGGUGUCGCUCUUCACUGAGAACUUUUCCUCUAAGAACGCGCCUCCGCUUCCUCCUGCAGAAAAUUUGGCAUAUAGUGGAAAACCUCCAGCGAAUUCUCCCACGAUAGAAGGCCGUAAAAUUGGACCUUGA